GACACAAGUCAGAAUGCCAUUAGCCUUCUUGGCCACCUGAGCAUGCUUCUGGCUCAUGUUCAGCUGAGUAUAGACCAGUACCUCCUGAUCCUUUUCCUUUAUGCAGCUUUCUAGCCACAUGCCCCAAGCCUGCAGUAUUGCGUGGAAUUGUUGAGAGCAAAGUGCACGACUUGGCACUUGGUCUUGUUAAAGCUCAUACAGCCUGAAAUUAAGUUUUCAUGUGAAGGUUCAUGUUCUGUGGAGUCAUAAUUUUCUUGCUUUCUUGUUGUUUUAUUUAUUUGUUUGUUUUUUUUCCUGUUCCUCAAAAAGACAAACAUAUUAAAUUACUCUGUUGCAUUUGAGAAUCUUUUUAGAAAGAUAUCCAUCAUAUUCAUAUGAAGUGUUGAGUAUUUCUGUAAUUCUUCUCUACCUGUUAUUUUGAGUAAUUCCUUUGCUCUUGAGUUCUCAUGUACUGUGCAACUUUCAUGGCUCAUACUUUAUUUUAAUGAGAACUUUGUGUGUAAUUGAUAACUGUGAUAAGUAGUUACUUAUGUAAGUAGUAAACAAUUUAACUGCUUUGUGUUGCUGACCGCUGUUACAAAGUAAGAGCUCACAAAAGUUGUGGAAUGUGUUUUUUAGCAACUGAAACUGAGUUAGUUUCUGGUGCAUCUGAUAAAAAGGUCAUUCUCUGGGAGUGGAAUGGGACAGGAGUUUGGAAUGAUCAGCUUGUGAAAAGCGUUCCUCUUGAAGGCCAUACUGAAGCUGUUUGUGCUGUGGAUGCUCUCUACCAGUCAGAUGAACCUGAUUUAAAUCUGUUAAUAGCUUCUGCAGCAUCUGACUCUACUGUGAGGAUUUGGUCUCGACAUGAUUCAGAAGUUAAAUGCAUUGAAGUUCUGCAAUUUGGAAAUGGAUUUGUUAUGGAUGUUUCCUUAUCCUUCUUGCCUGGCAGCAAUGUACCAAUACUGGCUUGUGGUGGUGAUGACUGCAAAAUAAAUUUGUUUACACAGCAGAAUGGUCAGUUUCAGAAAACAGUAAUACUCCCUGGCCAUGAAGAUUGGAUACGAGGCGUUGAAUGGGCGAUCUGUGGUGAUGAUCUGUUCUUAGCAAGCUGUGCUCAGGAUUGUUUGAUAAGAAUUUGGAAAGUGUGUACAAAAUCAAAGCAGUGUUCAGAAAUUGAGGAUGAUUCUAUCAGACUGAAAGAGAAUGUUUUUACUGUUAAAGAUACUGAUACAACAUAUGGAAUUACUUUGGAGUCUGUGCUGGCUGGCCAUGAAAACUGGGUGUAUGCAGUCCACUGGCAGCCUUCCUUUUCCAAAGCAGGUGGCAGCAUGCAACAACCAAUGAGGAUAUUAUCUGCAUCAAUGGACAAAACUGUGAUCAUCUGGGAACCUGAUAAGGAGUCUGGAGUUUGGCUAGAACAGAUGCGGGUAGGUGAAGUGGGUGGCAAUACCCUUGGAUUUUUUGACUGCCAGUUUAGUCCAGAUGGUUCAAUGAUCAUUGCUCAUGCUUUUCAUGGAGCAUUCCACCUUUGGAAACAGGCUUCAGUUAAUAAGAAAGAAUGGACUCCAGAAGUUGUGAUUUCAGGACAUUUUAACAGUGUUGAGGAUGUACAGUGGGACCCAGAAGGAGAAUUUAUCAUUAGCGUUGGUUCAGAUCAAACUACUAGACUAUUUGCUCCAUGGAAAAGAAAACAUGAGACACAGGUAACCUGGCAUGAAGUAGCCCGGCCUCAAGUACAUGGGUAUGACAUGCGUUGUCUGGCAAUGGUUGGCCGCUUUCAGUUUGUGUCAGGAGCAGAUGAAAAAGUGCUUCGAGUUUUUUGUGCUCCCAAGAAUUUUAUAGAAAAUUUCAGUAACAUCACUGGUAUUCCAAUGGAGAAGCUGUGUUCCCAUCAAUCUUCUGACCUUCCUGAAGGUGCAACUGUGCCAGCAUUGGGUUUAUCCAAUAAGGCUGUUUUUGAAGGAGAUAUAUCUGCUCAAGUAGCUGAGGAUGAAGAAACGUUUAAUACUGUUUCUAAUCAGUAUCCUGAGACAUAUUUUCAACCCCUCAUCCUUACAGAACCUCCUCAAGAGGAUCACUUGCUGCAGAAUACAUUGUGGCCUGAAAUUCAGAAGUUGUAUGGACAUGGAUAUGAAAUUUUUUGUGUUGCUUGCAAUAAUUCAAACACUGUAAUUGCCUCAGCGUGUAAGGCUUCCAAAAAAGAACAUGCAGCAAUUAUUUUGUGGAGCACCUCUUCUUGGAAGAAAAUACAGAGUUUGCCAUUUCACAAUCUGACUGUUACUCAGCUGGCAUUUUCACCUAAUGACAAACUUCUAUUAGCAGUGUCCAGAGACAGAAAUUGGUCACUGUGGAGGGAAGAAGUCGCAUCAGAGUCAGGACCAGUUUUCAGUUGCUGUGCACACACAGACAAAAAUACAGCUGUUCACAGUCGAAUCAUUUGGUCUUGUGAUUGGAUGCCAGAUAGCAAAUAUUUUGUUACUGGCAGUCGGGACAAAAAGGUCAUCAUCUGGGGUCAGUGUGAUUUAUGUGUGACUACUGAAGGCAGUGUGUUGGAUUCAAUCAAACCUUGUUCAACAGUACUGGAUGCUGGAGAUUCUGUUACUGCCGUUAGUAUCAGCCGUGUGCUUACUCCUGAUGGAAGGUAUAUUGUUGCAAUAGGCUUAGAGAAUGGGAAGAUUAACUUUUACACAUGGAAGCAGAGUGGGCAAGAACCAUCAGCAGCUGACUGGACCAAGUGUGUUGAGAUGGAUAACAGCCAAAGCCAUGCUCUUGCUGUGAAACGUUUGUGUUGGAGACAUCGUGAGGGCAGAGCUGGACAUAAUGAUCAGAAAAACAGCGAGUGGUUGCAGCUUGCAAGUUGUGGAGCUGAUCACUGUGUUAAAAUAUUCAAUGUCAACAGAUUUGCUCUUUAACAGAGACAGCAGGCCUGUCUGUGCGAAAUUAAUUCGCAACACUUUUUCAGCAUUUUUUAAUCUUGUUUUUGAAUUGUUUUCUGCUGUGGAAAGUGAAACAUCUGAAAUGUAACUUAUUAAAACAACUUUGAUAACUGGAAA